CUCUCUCUCAGAGGCACACAAACGGCCAUCUGGUACUCGGUCUUCCCGCUGUCUAUGGUCCUGCGGCGAGGUGCUCUAUCCCUCACGCGAACUCGGUGGUAGAGGAAGUGGGUCGCUGCCAUACCUGGCAGUGCUUAUGACGCGAAGGAGAAAAGGAACAAGCGGACGAAGGACUACAGGGGGCGCUGUGGUCAUUUGUGGGCCGGAAUGCUACUGCGGGGAGUGAGCGAGGACUUGAUCCGGGGUGUGUGCGUGCGCUCUCCGCAUCGGCGGCGGCGGCGGUAGUGGUUCUUUUUCGCGCUCGCUCUUUUUUGCGGUACCGUCGGUUUCCCGCGUCAGUGGCCGUUGGGGCCGGGGCGGAAUGUUUCGCAAGGCACGACGCGUGAACGUGCGGAAGCGGAACGACUCGGAGGAGGACGACGAAGAGCGAGACGAGGGGUCGCCGUCCUCCUCGCAGCCGCCACUGCCAGCAGCUGCCGAAGGGCCUGCGGGGGAGGCCGAGCCCCCAGCUCCGAAGCCCCCGCUUCUGCCCCUUCCGACGGGCUGCGUGCCCCUCGUCUCUCCUGCCGCCGCCGCCGCCGCCGCCGCCGGCUUCGCUUUUGGCGGAGCUGAGGCGGUUGGUCGGGGAGAGGCCGGCCUCAUGGCCCCCCAUCUCAACCCGCCCCCGCCGCCGGUUCUCCUUUCUCUCCCGCCUUCCCCGUCGCAGCAGCCGCCGACGUCGGGAAACAACGGGCUUCUCUCGGCGGCUUCCAAGCUCAAGGAGCGGAAAAACAAGAGCAAGGACGCCGCCGCCGCCCCGGGCCCGCCACGCGGGAGCCUCAGUCUCCUCAGCUUCCAGGAUGAAGAGGAAGAAAGUGAAGAAGUUUUUAAAGUGAAGAAAUCAAGUUACAGUAAAAAGAUAGUAAAGCUGCUUAAGAAAGAAUACAAAGAAGACCUUGAAAAAUCCAAGACAAAAUCAGAAACUGUUUCUUCACUAGAUGCUGAACAGUCUGCAGACAAAACAGGGCAAAUUAAAGAUACAACUCUAGAAGAUGGAGCUACAAAUAGUGAACAAGGGGAAGAUGAGAUGGAAGUUGAAAGUGAAAAGGAAGAAGAAAAACCAAAAGCUGCAGGAGCAUUUUCAAGUGCUUUGUCUUCUCUGAAUGUUUUGCGUCCAGGAGAAAUCCCAGAUGCUGCUUUUAUUCAUGCUGCUAGGAAAAAGCGCCAAAUGGCUCGUGAGCUUGGGGACUUUUUACCCCUUGACAGUGAUACCGGGAAAGGACGCCUUGUUAGAGAAGAUGAAAAUGAUGCCAGUGAUGAUGAAGAUGAUGAUGAGAAGCGGAGAAUAGUCUUUUCAGUGAAAGAGAAGUCCCAGAGGCAAAAGAUUGCAGAGGAAAUAGGUAUUGAAGGAAGUGAUGAUGAAGCUCUGAUAGCUGGAGAACAGGAUGAAGAACUCAGUCGAUGGGAACAAGAACAGAUACGUAAAGGCAUUAAUAUACCUCAGGUUCAAGCAACACAGCCUGCAGAAGUGAAUAAUCUAUACUACCAGAAUACUUACCAAACAAUGCCUUAUGGUUCCUCUUAUGGCAUUCCUUAUACAUAUGCUGCUUACGGAGCAUCGGAGACAAAAUCUCAAAAAACAGAUAACACAGUACCUUUCAAAACUCCCAGUAAUGAGAUGACUCCUGUUACUAUUGAUUUGGUAAAGAAACAGCUUAAAGACAGGUUGGACACGAUGAAAGAAUUUCACAAAGCAAAUCAGCAACAAUACGAGAAGCAUCAGCAAAGCCGUGAUGACUCUACCAAGGCAAUUGAAAGACUGGAAGGGUCUUCUGGGGGUGUUGCUGAACGGUAUAAAUUUCUGCAAGAAAUGCGAGGGUAUGUCCAAGACUUGCUUGAGUGUUUCAGUGAAAAGGUGCUCCUGAUAAAUGAACUUGAAUCAGCCAUGCACCAGCUGUACAAACAGCGAGCUUCCCGCCUUGUCCAAAGACGACAAGAUGAUAUAAAAGAUGAAUCUUCGGAGUUUUCAAGCCAUUCAAAUAAAGCACUGAUGGCACCAAACCUUGAUUCUUUUGGACGAGACAGAGCACUGUAUCAGGAGCAUGUAAAAAGACGGACUGCUGAAAGGGAAGCUAGAAGAGCUCGUCGUAGACUUGCUAGAGAGCAAUCUGGAAAGAUGGCUGAUCAUCUUGAAGGCCUUUCCAGUGAUGAUGAAGAAACUUCAACAGAUACUACAAACUUCAAUAUGGAACGAGAUCGCAUUUUGAAGGAGUCUAGCAAAGUUUUUGAAGAUGUGUUAGAAAACUUUUCCUCCAUUGACUGCAUUAAGACACAGUUUGAAGCCUGGCGUUCUAAGUAUUUAUCUUCUUACAAGGAUGCUUACAUUGGUCUUUGUCUACCUAAGCUGUUAAAUCCUUUAAUAAGACUUCAGUUACUUACAUGGAAUCCUCUGGAGGAAAAGUGCCAAGAUUUUGAGAGUAUGUUGUGGUUUGAAUCCUUGCUAUUUUAUGGAUGUGAAGAGUAUGAUCAAGAAAAAGAUGAUGCUGAUGUUUCCUUGUUGCCUACUAUUGUGGAAAGAGUGCUCUUACCUAAAUUAACAGUACUUGCAGAAAAUGUAUGGGAUCCAUUUUCCACAACCCAGACAUCUAGAAUGGUAGCUAUUACCCAAAAACUAAUCAGUGGCUAUCCUUCUGUAGUACAUGCAGAAAACAAAAACACACAGACCUUAUUAAAAGCCCUCCUGCUUAGAAUGAGGAGAACAUUAGAUGAUGAUGUAUUCAUGCCGCUUUAUCCCAAAAGUGUCCUAGAAAACAAGAACUCCGGUCCUUAUUUGUUUUUUCAGCGUCAGUUUUGGUCUUCAGUUAAGUUAUUGGGAAACUUUCUGCAGUGGUAUGGCAUCCUUUCCAACAAAACCCUACAAGAGUUAGCAAUAGAUGGCUUGCUAAACAGAUACAUUUUAAUGGCUUUCCAGAAUUCUGAAUAUGGUGAUGACAGCAUUAAGAAAGCUCAAAGUGUAAUCAGCUCCUUUCCUAAACAGUGGUUCACUAAUCUUAAAGGAAAUAAGACAAUAUCUCAUCUAGAAAACCUUUGUAGAUAUCUUGUUCAUCUUGCUGAUACACUAUACAGAAACAGCAUUGGAAGCUCUGAUGUAGAAAAAAGGAAUGCAAGGGAGCAUAUAAAGCAGAUAAUAAAACUUCUAUCAAGUAUUCGAGCACUGGACCAUGCUGUAACAGUAGCAAAUGACCAUAAUGUGAAAGAAUUAAAAAUUUUAAGCGAAGGGAAAUAAAAUUUUGUCAGUUAAUUCUGGAAUAUGAAAUCAUUCCUGAAAUGUAAUUGUGUACAUAUGUAAAGUUUUCUUAAUCUGUAAACAACUGAUUGUUUUUAAUACAAAGUGCAUUCUUAUAUACAGCAUCUGUAGUUGUAUUAAUGUCUUUAAGAAAGUGAAAAGAACACCAGGAAAAUGUCCCACCUGCAUCUUGUAUACAAAGACUUUUAUACCCUUGGUGGCUUUCUUAACAGAAAGUUCUGUACUGUAAGAUGCAUUUAACAUUGGAUGAUCCUCUGAUAUUUAAACUCCUCAUAGUUGUGUUUAAAAUAAUGGCAUAUUUUGAAGUCAGAAUUUCAGUUGCUGGGAUCUGGUAAUAAAAUUGGAAAAAAUGUGAAUAUGAUAUGACAUUGAUAAUAGUAAAGAAUCUUCCAAAUCA